UCAAAAUGCUGUUGAUAAAUGUGGCACCUACAUUUCUUUACAGAAUCAGAUGAUGCCAUGGGAAACACUCAGCUGUUUGGGAGAUGAUAUACAAGGCCAUAUUCACAGCAAAGCCUUCUGGGCUUUGAUGAGCAGAAAUUUGGAUUUUCUCCUGCCCCUGUAGACUGUACUAACCGGGAGCUAGAGAAGGCUUCAGAGUUUGUCACUGAUUCAGGUCUGUGCUAAAAAAAAAAAAAAAAAAAAGAUAGUUAAGGAACUGCUGUUUGUGCACCGAAGUUCCGUCAAGUCCCUGUCCCGUUGCCUGCACAACCAGGCUUUACUUCUACUGUAGGUUCCUAUAUGGGUCCCAGUGUACCCUUCUUUCAGCUAAGAAUUAAGUACCAAGCAAAACAGAACAGGAGAAAACAAACCAAAAACUUGCUACAGUGUGCAGAAGUGGGAUUUUGUACAAGUUGUUACCAGAGGCUGAUAAAGCAAGAGGUGAGGCUUAGACCCCCUGGGCAUUUUAAUCCCUGAGGUACGGGCGCUUUGCUGAGCUCUGGACCGAUCCUUCCUGCUCGGUGAUGGAGAGCCGCCAGGCGCCUGGUGUUGGAGGAGCCGUAGCACCGAGAGUCGAAUGAUUCUGGAUGCCUUUGCCCAACAAUGCAGCCGGGUUCUAAGUCUCUUAAAUUGUGGUGGAAAACUACUGGACAACAAUCACUCUCAGUCCAUGAUUUCUUGUAUAAAGCAGGAAACCCCAAAUUAUAGUGAAAGACAAGAGCAAUGUCAGCUUGGGAAAAUGGUCCAUAGUCAGACGUCAGACAUUUUAGACAUAGAGAUGCAGUAUAUGCAAAAGAAACAACAAACCUCAGCCUUUCUGAGAGUUUUUACUGAUUCCCUUCAGAACUAUUUGCUUUCUGGGAGCUUCCCUUCUCAGAACACCUCAUCAGUAAAUGAUUUUAGCCAUUUGGCAGAUGUGGAUCCACUUUCAACCUCUCCAGUACACACUUUAGGUGGAUGGACAUCUCCAGCAACAUCUGAAUCUCAUGGUCACCCGUCAUCUUCUACACUUCCAGAGGAGGAAGAGGAGGAAGAGGAAGAAGGUUACUGCCCUCGGUGUCAAGAGCUAGAGCAAGAGGUAAUUUCAUUGCAACAAGAAAAUGAGGAACUUCGUAGAAAAUUGGAGAGCAUUCCAGUGCCCUGCCAGACUGUUUUAGAUUAUUUGAAGACUGUACUUCAGCAUCACAACCAGCUUUUGGUACCACAGCCAGCAGACCAUCCGACUGAGGGGAGCAAGCAGUUGCUGAACAACUAUCCUGUCUACAUCACUAGUAAACAGUGGGAUGAGGCUGUAAAUUCUUCCAAGAAAGAUGGACGACGGCUCCUUCGCUAUCUCAUCAGAUUUGUUUUCACAACCGAUGAGCUUAAGUACUCAUGCGGCCUUGGAAAAAGGAAAAGGUCAGUGCAGUCAGGAGAGACAGGUCCUGAAAGACGUCCUCUGGAUCCAGUAAAAGUAACAUGUCUCAGAGAGUUCAUUAGGAUGCAUUGUACUUCCAACCCGGACUGGUGGAUGCCAUCUGAAGAGCAAAUAAACAAGGUAUUCAGCGACGCAGUAGGACACGCUCGUCAAGGGCGUGCAGUGGGGACUUUCCUUCACAAUGGGAACUCGUAUUAUGAAGGGACUGACCAUCCAGGAUCACAGGACGAAGUCUUCAACAGAGGUAUGCAAGAUGGAUCUGGCGAUUGAUGGCAGAGAGAAGAACCUCAUACAACAGUAGCAACCACUUAAUUUAGGAGAGACUAUUUGUUAUACAUACUUACCCUGCUGUCAUUUAAGAGUCCAAAGCAUGUUUGAACACAUACUACAUAUAUUUCAGCUUCUCUAUCUUACCAUGUCCCAGUUAACAGGAAGAAAUCCAUUUCAAGACCUGUUCUAUGGGACUUCUCAGUGCCUAUUAUUUGCAAAUCCUUCAUAGCACCCUCAAAGGGAAAAUACAGUUUAUUUCAUCUAGUUCUAUAGGAAAGGUCAUUUAAAAA